AUGACCACCGCGUCUCAGCACAGAGCGCCGCGGUAUUCAUGUCGCUCCCUGCGGACGUGGGCCCUGCUGCUGCAUGCUUUUCUCUUGUUUUUCAUGUGUCCAACUCACCUUGUUGACGUGGGCACACCGCUGCUCGGUAAUGCGAUGAGUGGAUGGUGUAUUUGUCCCGUAGUUAAUGCUCUGGCUGCUGCUCCUUCCGCACAUGUUGCCCCAGACGCAGCGGCGCUGCGGGCAGUGCGGGACUUUGCCAGAAGUAAGAAGACUGCUCUGCCCAGCACGACCGUCACCUUCGACGGAUGGAACCCCAGUGCGGUGAAGCUAGAAAAUACUGGUAUUCUCCCCGCCGCCGUGGCGAUGGGCCGCUACCUUCUCAUCAUUGGGGGCAGCGCUGUUGUGCCGCCAUUCACGUACGCGUCGGAAUUCGUGCGGGACUAUGCCCUGUCCAGUAUCAACGUGUUAGACGUCACGAUGGGGGCACUCGUGUCACCGCUGAUGCUCGUGCACAACGAGUCGGAGGUGCAGCACGACUCGCGGAGCGGUGAGGAGCCGCCGCUGCCGCAGCGCGUCCCCGCGGAGCUCACGCUUCCUGCUGUUGGAACCGCAAGCACCGUGCGGCUUGGCCUCGCCGCGUAUGUUGUUGGCUUCUGCACGAUGAUCCCCAGCAACGUGGUGAUCGAGUCGGAUGACGACUUCAACGCGGUCUUACGCUCGGUGCAGGUGAUUCGGCUCUAUGAAGAGGAGUUCUCACCGGUCGACGACGUCACGCUGGACGUUCGCAACACAAGUCUUCCAGAGACGGCGACGCUGCGCUUCAAUGCCAGCUGCGUCGGGGACGGCAACGAAACCAUUUACAUUUUUGGCGGUGUCUCCCUCGAGAAUAACGUGCCGCUGGCCUCUGUGUCGCAGUACAACGUUGUGACGGGUCAAUUCGUUGAGGCAGGGUGGCUUCUUGAUGAAGCGAUCGUUGGAACUGGUGUACUGGAGAGCAGUGAGUUGGUGUUCAUCGGUGGCGGAUACACGUUCUCCAAUGGGCGCCUACGGGUUCGGACGGAAGUUAGCGUCAUUGAUCCCGCAUCAUCCAGAGGUGAAAUUGGUGAAUAUGGCGCACCGUGGGUGAUCGAUUGGUUCUCUCCGCAGCUCAUCAUGUACAAUCACACUCUGGCGGUGAUGGGAGCUACACAUGGCCGAUCGUUUGGCCAGCAGCAGGUGUGGCCAGACCUUCUUCAUAUGCGAGAAGGUCCAAGUGUCGUGCCGAUUGGUUUUGUCCCAUUGCGGGGCAAUGCCGUUAUGGCAGCGAUACCCAAUGUAGAUUCUGUCACAGUGUACCUCGCCGGGGGGCAAAUACCGCCGCCAGAGGGGGCAGGCAUUUCCUCUGAUGUCUUCACCGGCACGAUGCAGGUGGAUGAUGGCCACGUGACGGUGAGCGUUUUUGGAUUUCACUACGUUUCGUUCAUAGAAGAGGAGGCAUCAUACAUUGAGUUUCCAGCGUUGCACGCGUGGGGUGCAGCGGAGGAGAGGAUUCUGCCAGAGUAUGUUCAUACAGCAGCGUCACCACCAGCAGCAGCAGCACCAGCGACAGAUGACACCGUCUCAUUCCCAUUGGCUGCCGAGAGCUCAGAGGGAGGAGACUACACCAACUCACAACACCCCUCUCAAACUGUAACGUUGACGCUUGAUGCUACCAUGACACCAACCACCAUUCCUACCGUGUCGCCAACCAUCAGCCCUACAAUCACACCGACUGAGGUUCCGCCGACGCCGCCACCUCGUCCACCGCCAAAAGAUCUGCCGAACAAUGAUGGAAAUAUUACGGUGUAUGUCAACGGUUACGAGCCAUUGUGGUAUAACUUCACAUUCAACAUUCUUCUCUCGGAAAACACCGCGCAUGCCUGCCCUGGUCUUGUUGAGUUCAACAAGAGCGUCUCACCCCACGAUUUCGUCCAGACGUCAUCCUGUCUGCUGCGUCUCUCCGAAUCCCCGGCGUGCAAUUCACCCCUUCUGGAUUUGGGCAACUUGACCUCCGCCAACGCCCAGCCAUACCAAGUGAAGGUAGUCGAUCCACAGACCAACACUGCUUCGUGGAAGAACUUCAUUGCGGUGGGACCCGUAACGCUCAUAGGUUCUCUGGCGGAGGGCAUCCAGAGUCUCACUGGGCAGCAGUCAGAUGUAUCUGGCACUGCAGACGGCUCCGUUACGUUCCGUCGCCGUCGUGUGCAGCCAAGCAUAGGUAAUAACACAAAGAGGCCCUUCUACGAACAAAAGUUCCUCUACGUGUGUUUUUCGAGUGGUGCCUUCAGUCUUCCCCAGUGUGGUAGCAAUCGUAAGAGUUUGCAUUCAUCGAUGAGGGAAGGACGGGUUAAAAAAGCUCCCUGCACCACUGCAUUCUACAAGCCAUUGAAUGCCGAGAAACCGUUUGUUCUGUCACCCGUAACAAAGUGGGUGCCGGAGACGACAACGACUCUUCCCCCAGUCCCCUCACAUGAUACCGGUAUUUCAAGUAGCAUCAUCGCAGCGCUCAUAGUAUGCGCUGUCAUCACACUGCUGGCUCUGUUGUGUGUGGCCUACCGCUACGAAAAAAGUCGCAGAUCCAGGAAACGGGACGAAAGGGAACGGCAACGCUUGCUGUUGGAUGACGACGGUAGCGAUGAGGAGAAGCGAAGCCAUGCCGUUGGUCGUGGAGCGGCCCUCCCCACGUAUCAAAAGCAAGGCCUUCUGGACGGCAAGUACCGCGUGCUGCACCGCCUUGGUCGUGGAAGUUUCUCCGUAGUGUACCUUGUGGAGCGUGUGACGGAUGGACAGCGUUUCGCGUUGAAGUACGUUCAGUGCGCCGAUGACGUGGAUCGUCUUGAGGCAAUGCGGGAGUGCGAGGUUGCCUACACACUGCAGGGACACCCAAAUGUUAUUCGCCUCGUUGACAUGUUCAUGUCGUACCGCUUUGAUACGAACCUGCAUAGUGGCCGUGGGGGUCGUCAGCAGCAGUCUGAGGCCGAUUGGAGGUCACCAGAGAAGGCACUUAUUCUGCGCAUUGAUAGCGACACAGAUGUCCACCCGGUGCUGCAGCGACGAGUGGCCUCGGCAACGCCGGGCGAGCGGUACCUCUCGCUUGUGAUGGCCUACCACGAGAAGGGGGAUCUUGGCAAGUGGAUUCGGCAGCAGCGGACGGAGCCAAUGAUACCGGAGUCGACGAUCGUGAGUAUCGCGUUUCAGAUCCUCACUGUGCUGCAGUUUAUGCACCGCCACGACCCUCCCAUUAUCCAUCGUGAUUUGAAGCCAGAAAAUAUUCUGCUCGACUCGGUUUCUGAGCGUGGUCGAUCUCAGAAAUGGGGUUGUGGACCUGAUACCACCAAAAACAACAGCAGAGGCAGCGCGGAGACUAUGCACAUUGUUGUCACAGACUUUGGACUCUCACGUGUGAUGGACAAGACUUUCUGCGAAACCGGCGUCGGCUCGCUUCCGUACGUGGCACCCGAGUGUUGGCAGCGUCGUUACUCCACCAAAGUGGACAUAUGGGCUGUAGGCUGCAUUCUAUACGCGGCCUGCGCAAAGCGAGUUGAGAGUGAUAAUGUGAAGGUGAUGUUUAGCGAAUGCAACAGGCCAGACUUCAAGAAGAAGCUGCUGGAUGAGCUGACGGUGGUGUACGGCUACAGCAUGGCGUUGGCAGCGUUCAUUGUGUAUCUGCUUGAGCCCGAUCCAGUGCGGCGUCCGAGUGCGGAGGAGGCGAUUCGGCUCAUUCGCAAGCGGCGGAGAGAUGCCGUUGGUGCCAGCGACACGGCCAUGAUGGUGUCGUUCUACAAGGAUGAUAAAGAUGAUGAUGAUGAUGAUGAAGAUGAGGAUGUUAUUGAUGGGGCUGGGGCUGGUGAUGAAAGCAGCCGCGACCAGGGCAAUGAUGGGAAGGAAAGGACGGGUAUGGCUGCGGAAAAGAACACAGAGAAAAGGAUUAGUCCCCAUCGCAACAGCAGCGGUGCCAAGUCGGAAAGAUUGGCAACCGCAGCUGAAGGCCUUUCUGGCCCUGGCAGUAGCGGCAGACCAAACGUGAACGCAGGCAGUAACGGUGCUGUUGCUCUUCGCGCCGACAUCGACGUGUCGGCUUGGCCCACCGGCUCGUGCAGUACUUUGCCGACGAGUAGCUUUGGUCGCGGCUCGCAGUCCGGUUCGAGGCGAAGCCUGCAGCAGCAGCAGCAGCAGCAGUCACACAGCGCAUACGACGGCCCGCUUCGCGAAGGCGAGGGGACGACUGGAAGUGGUCUCUCCUCCUCCAAUAAAAAGAACGAUAUUAACAAAAAACAGCAGCGUCUCCGCAAGCUGGAGAAGUACUUUGAAACUAUAGCUGAGGAAAGUGAGCAGUUCGACUUUUUUAUUGCGCGGGAGUCUCCGUCGCUUGUGGCGGUUCAAGCCGCGGGGUCGUUCAAGACCCCAGGCACGGUUUCCGCUGUGGGCGAGAAAGCACUGCCGCCGCCCUGCAAGGCCCUGACGUCAUCCUCGUGUGCAGCGAUUUCAGCGAUGACGCAGAAAGACACCACAGCUACCACCAGUCUUGCCACUACUAGUCUUGCCGCUGAUGCUGCUGCCCCUGGCGGUGAUGCACACGCGACGCGGGGAGUUGACAGCAGCUCUAGUAGAAAAAGGAACACAACAGAAGUCGAAGUGGAUUGUCACAGUAUGGCUGUGCUUCCAGCGACAACGGCGACGGAAUCGGUGGGAGAAUGGUCAAAGAGGGAAAAGCACAGCAUUGUUCUCGCAUGUGAUGACGGCUCAACUGUUGUGAGGGAGUUGACACCAUCAUCAUCGUCACCUUCUUCCAAGUCACGUGAAAACUGA